CGGCUGCAAACCCAAAAAGACACUUCGAUUAUUCCCACGGGCCCAAUGCAUUGGGAAGAAGUUGGCAAUUGGAGAUUGGACUCGUAAUAGAUCCCGUCGAGCUUGUCAUGUACAUAUUCAUGAUCUCAAAAAGAAGGUCAAUACCGCAAUCAUGAACCCUCCUUCAAGAUGAUGCGAAUACUGGAAGCGCAGGCCCCUGCGCGGCAGACGGCCACAGACACCAUUCAGACAUUGAGUAACCGACUUUCCAGUGCGACGUUACUGGAAGACAGACGUGCUGCAAUACUCGGUCUACGCAGUUUCGCCAAGCUCUAUCCUGCUUCUGUUGCGUCUGGAGCCCUCCGGGAUCUUAUUGCAGGUCUGAGAAGAGAUGGGGAAGACUCGGACACAAUCAAAGUGGUGUUGGAGACGCUGUUGAUGCUAUUCGAGCCAGAUGAGAAGUCCCCAGAGGCCUCCGAGGAGAUAACGUUGUGGCUGGCCGACGAGUUUACACAACACCAAGACAACGUUACCGCAUUAUUAGACCUUCUCGAACCCGGCGAUUUCUACUUACGACUAUAUGCCCUCCAAAUCCUCUCGCACAUAUCUACUGCAAGGCCGCAGCGAACGCAGGAAGCUAUCUUUGCUGCGCCACUGGGCGUCUCAAGGAUCACGAAUGUGUUGAAUGACAAGAGAGAGGCAGUUCGGAACGAGGCGUUGGUGCUCCUAGUAGCCCUCACACCUACAUCGGCGGAGCUGCAGAAGGUUGUGGCCUUCGAGAAUGCCUUCGAUCGUAUCUUUGCGCUGACUGAAGGCGACGGCGGCCUUUCACAUGGUUCCACAACAGUGCAGGACUGUUUGUCGCUUCUGGCCAAUUUACUGAACCUGAAUACUUCAAACCAAUCAUAUUUCAGGGAGAUUGGCGGUAUACUCAAUAUCAAGAAAUUGUUUUCGGCAGCAUUGGAGCAGGAAGACUCCCAAGAUGGGGUUUCGGACUGGAUGAAGCCACAACGAGACAUGAAUGUUUGGGGUCUGCUUGGUGUGGUACAACUGUUCCUUGCUCCAGGCUCCCCAGGCACUGGGGUGAAUCAGCAGGCCUUCUGGCAGGCUGGGGUCCUGCAAAUUAUUCUACGGCUUGCAUUCCAUCCAGCCUUCAGCACCGGGAUCCGGGCAAAGUCUCUGCAAGCUUGCGGAGAUAUCAUUCGAGGAAAUGCUGGCCUCCAAGAACGCUUUGGUGAUCUUGCUGUGCAGGUUAAACAACAAGAUACCACUUCUAAUGGACAUGUGUCUCCAGCCGCUUCCGAGAAGCAAUCUAAGUCCCACCAGGCGAUCUACCGAGACCAGAACGUCAUUGAAUCCCUCCUGGAGCUAGCUCUGGAGUCUGCACCACUUGCUAUCUUCGACGUUCGGCUUGCAGCAACUUCCUGCCUCAAAGCAUUUGUUGAUGGCCAUGCUGGGAUCAAGGCUCACGUUCUACGUAGAGCCAUCGAAGGGCACAAAAGUGGAGACGACACCAUUCCAAACAUGCUCACUGUGUUGCUUGAACCCCCCGGAACUCGAAGCAAUUCCGACCCUUACCAACAGUGGUUUGCUGCUGUGCUCGUUCUGCACCUUCUUUAUGACACUCCGGAAACCAAAGAGCUGGCAUCUACUGUCACGGAAGGCGACGCUGAGAGUGGCGAAGAGGUGGUCACUUUCGUUCAAAGCAUCGCGAGCAAUGUGGUCGCGGGCGUACAGCAUGUCGAAGAUGAGCGUGCGCUGAUUGGCUGUUUGAUGUUGCUGUCGAUCUGGCUAUUCGAAGCUCCAGAAGCAGUCAAUGACCUUCUCGGCGAGGGAAGCAAUGUUCAAGGCCUCGUAGCCGCUGUGAAGAUUGCCAACAGCUCCAUGCCACUGGUGGCAGGCCUCUGUGCUUUCCUGUUGGGAGUGAUCUAUGAGUUUUCAACCAAAGAUUCUCCUAUCCCUCGUACGACGCUGCAUGGCCUGCUGAUGUCCAGCCUCGGGCGGGAGACUUAUGUGGACAGACUGACAAAACUUCGAGAGAACGUCUUCGUACGUGACUUCGAGGUCCUUCCACAAAGCGGAAACGGGGGACUCCCAGAAGUUUUCUUUGAUAAGACUUUCAUCGAUUUUCUGAAGGACAACUUCAGCCGAUUCUUGCGGGCUAUUGAUCGGGAUCCUAAAUUCGAGAUAUCAAUUGUGAGCAACGGCGUACAGAAAGGAGUAUCGAGAGACCUAGUGGACAGUCUGAGGGCUGAGGUGCAGGAACAAAAGCAGGCUCUGGAGGCUGCCAAUACCGAACUACUGCAACUCAAGAGAAGGCUGGAGCAGGAGGAACUCGACCACCGUCGAACCCGCGAAUCUGCUGCCGUGGAGGUCUCGAGAAUCAAGCAGAUCAACCAAAGUCUGCAUGAGAAUCACGAAGACGAGUUGAAAAAGUUGCAACAGGAGUCCGCUCGAGAACGAGGUCUGUUAGUGAAGAGCCAUGAGGAUGAGAUCCAACGACGCCACACCGAGCACGUGGCCACAGUUGAAACCGCCAGAAAACAACAUCAGGCCGACAUGCACAAGUUUGAGCAGCGGCUCAAAUUAAUCGAACAGGAAGCCUCGAGGGAAAAGACAGCCUUGAUUGAACAGCACGGGCGUGAGAUGAGUGAGGCGGACGCCAGAGCCCAAAAAGCUCGCGACAGAGAGGCAGCAGAGAUCAGCGAUCUGAAGGGCACCAUAGCAGAGCUUGAGAGGCAGUUGAAAAGAUCUCAGGAGGAACAUGCUCAAGAUCUUCAGACUGCGCACGAAGAAUACACGUCCAAGGAGAAGGAUCUCGAGGCUCGCCUAAAGCGUGCAGAAAGUCGACUACAGGAUGCAGAGACUCGUGCUCAACACUUACAUGACGAAGUCGACAAGGAAAAGGCUGCUCGAAAGGACGUCCAGACGGAACUUGAUGAUCUUCUUGUUGUUUUUGGAGAUCUUGAGGCAAAGAGGUCGGCGGAUAAACAAAAACUCAAAAACCUGGGACAGGAGGUGUCUGAAGACGAAGAUGAAGAGGCCGAUGCCGAGGAGGACAAUGAUGGUGAUAAUGAUGUUGAAUAACAAAAAGCUCUUGAUGAUACCCUAUCGUAUUACCAGUGACUGAUGUGGC